AUGUAUUUGUUGUCAAACCAACUCACUGGUAGUAUUCGUAAUUCUGUAGGAAAGCUUCAACAGUUAAGAAUAUUAUCUCUUUAUGAGAACAGAUUAUCUGCGGAAAUACCAUCUUCUAUCAGACAUUUAACCACAUUGACGGAACUCUACCUGCAAGGUAAUAAUUUGCAGGGUAACAUACCUAAUACUCUUGGAAAAUGCCAUUCUUUAUUAUCAGCUGAUCUUUCUCAAAACAAUCUUAGUGAAUUCUUAGACCUCUCAAGCAACUGUUUAGUGAGCUCCCUUCCUUCAGAAAUCAGUGGUUUAGAACAUCUAGUCCUCUUGAAUCUUCCUAACAAUGUUUGUCUGAGACUACUCCAGACAGUUUCGAUAGCUUGA